ACUCCGUCCUCUUCAGGUACAGUGGAGCCAUACAGGGAAUUGGACUGUGAGGUGGUGUGGCAUCCAUCCUUCUCUUCCCCUGCAGAGGGAGACUUUGACUUCUGUGUCCAUGAGGGCAGCACGCAACGCCUACACUGUCUUGCCAAGGUUGGAUCCACUAGUGUCCAGCUGGCAGAAAAACAUGUGACAUUUGGAUCAGUGUCUCUCAACAUGACUUCCAUCAGAACUGUAGUCUUACACAACACUGGACAAAACCAUGCCUACUACCAGGUGUUAGAUGUGUGCCCUCUGCCAGGCAUGGUGGUGAGUCCGUCUGAGAGCAUGGUGCCAAGUGGGGGGCAGGCUGUGCUCAAGAUCCACUUCAGCCCUGACUCCAUCAUCAAGUUUGACACCAGAGUUGAAAUAGCUUUGAGGGACAUGAAGUCCAUUGAGCUCAGAGUCAGCGGAUCAGUGGAGCCACCAAAUGUACACAUCAAUGUGUCCCAUUUCCAGUUCUACGGGGUCUACACUGGUUCUCGGCGGAAGAUACCUUUCACUCUGACAAACCACUCGUCAGCCGCAGCUGAGGUCACCUUCAACCUGUCACAGUAUGCAGAGUUCUCUCUCCAGCUCCCUCAGCCCUCAGCAAAGAAAGAGCCGGGUGUGAGUGUUAUGGAGGUGCAGGGCCACCAGACCGUGGACUGCUCCCUUGUCUUCUCACCCACGCAAGUGGUCAGUUAUGACUUUGACCUGCCACUCAUGGUCAACGGAGUGGGAUGGCCCACUGGUUCUCUGUCUCCUUUUCCCACUCCAUGCUCUUCAUCCUCCUCCUCACUGUCAGCUGUCAGCUGGAAGCGCAGGGUCAAAUUACUUUCCCACUCUGUCACCAUGGUGACACAGCGCAUACAGGCCACAGGGCUGUGUGCCCCACUGGAGAUGUUCCCCUCUAGCCUACAGUUCCAUGUGGAACCAUUGGCAGCACAGUCUGAUGCCUACACCAAGACAGUAGAAUUGAAAGCAGCGUGUGCAGAGAGUGUAUGUUGGUGUGGUGUCAUCGGGGAGCGCUUACACUGGUGGUUUAACUGCAGUGCAAUAGCAGUAACAACAGAGGACAGAGGAGAGGGGGAGCUAUGUACUGUGACUCCAUCAUCUGGCACUCUGGGUCCCAGCCAGUCCAUCUGCUUAAUGGUCAGCAUUAGGCCUGAGGCUAUCAGAACAGUGUCUGGCAGAUUAACCAGACUGUCCCUCUCUCUUUACCUGGGACAUGAGGGUGGGGAGGGAAUGGGGAAAGAGGAGGAACAUCAGCCCUACCGAGAGCUCUCCAUCACCAUUACUCUCCAGGUUCCCAGUGUCACUUUCCACCCCCCUCAAAUCCUUCUUACCCCAGUACCCCUGGAAAGUAGCGCAAUGGCCACACUCACCCUGCUGGCUGCAGGAUAUCCAAGUGGAACCAGGGUAUCGGCUGAAGUGGAUGAGGUAGAGCUGGAGGAUGGGACAAAGAUACAGCCUGUUUCUGUCAUCUUCCCUGAGGGUAACUCCAUCCCUGCCCAAAACCAGGACCAGAAACAUCCAAGAGGCAUCCACAGCCAGGAAGCCAAUGUGACCUCUCUGACCUGCAGUGUGUCCUUCUGUUCUACCGUUCCUCUGUCCCUCUGCAGAACUAUCACAUUCACUGACCACUUGCACAACAGGUUUAAGGUUAAGUUUUGUGCUGUCGCUGACAACUGUGUGCUGACAGUCUGGCCGUACAUGGCCCUGCACCGCUCUGAGCAACAGAUAGUUCUUAAGACUGGAGCCACAGCUGUGGAGGCGAUCCUUCAGCGCUAUCACACACCAAGUCCUGCUUCUGGCCCAGAAUCAUCAUCAUCCUCAUUUGAUCACAACAGCUCAACAAACAAGAACUCAGCGUCAGACUCCUUUCCAGACAGUGACAGUGUGAGCGGACAGACCAGCGGGGAUGAAGAGGUCUCUCCAAAUGGACACACCCCAAAUAAUCUCGGCGUCCCAGAAUUCCUUAGUGCCAACUCAGAUGAAGGACUGUAUCACCACAAUGUAUUAUUGGCUGUGGAGAGGUGGUUUAGUCUCUUUGGCUGGCCGAGUGGACCACACCCAAUCUCUGUACCAGACACACUUAGAAGAGUUGUGUCAAAAAUUCAAACAAAUCAUUCCAGUGGACGGACUUAUUGUGUCAGUCAAAAUAAAGACUCCUGGUCUGUAGUGGACAUGCUUCAUCACCUGACAGGCAAACAGAUUCCUGGUAUUCCUCGCUGUCUGACAUUUUCCACUGAUAAAGACCAGCGCACUAAACAGCUAUUACAACAGCAUGAAGCUAUGCUUGCUUUUCUCAGGGUGCAGGGAGCCUGCCUGUGCCACAUCAGACCAGAGUACUUGCUAGACGUACAGGAGUUCAAACACUGGUGUUCCCUGCAGUCAAAGGAGAAAGAGCACAGUCAGGACUAUAGCAGUGUUGACUAUGAGUCUCUGAGCAAACGAUCCUGGACUGACCUGCUGCUACAAAUAUACAAGGUCUUGGUCUUGUGUCGUGUGUCAAAGAGUGGUCUGAAUACGAUUCUGAACCAGGAAGACGUUGCUGGAAUCCUCUCUGUCAACUCAAAGCCGCUGGCCAGUAAUGUCUACUCUACUUGGGAGCUCCAGUUGCUCUCAUGGCUCAACAUGCACUAUCAGAACAUGAGGAAAACUGUCUGGGGUACAGUUGGCAUCCCAUCAGCACGCUGGAUAGUGAAUUUUGACCUGGACUUGACAGAUGGACUGGUGCUAGCUGCUCUGCUUGCUGCCUACUGUCCUUACCUGAUCUGCAGCCACUUCAGGAGGAUGUACACCACAACUAACAGCCUGGAACAGAUCCUCCACAACAACAUCAUAGUCUACCAGUCCUUAACUGCACUUUCUCUCAACAUAGAUAUACAGCCCACAGACUUGUCGGAUCCUAAUCCAGUGCAGAUGUUGAUGCUAUGUGUUCACCUGUAUGAGAGGCUGCCUCAGUACCUGCCAAAACACACCAUCACUCUGUCAGGAAGCCUGCACAGCACUUUCAGCAAGCAGGUGCGACUGAAAAGCCCAUCCUCUAAGCCUGUCAAAUACCAGGCCUUCCUUUUAGGAGAGGAUGCUCCUCUCUUCUCCCUCCCUGAUGGAUCUACUGUCACCGUCCCUCCAAAGGGCCACGUUGAACUGACUGUCCAGUAUAGAUGCUCCUUCCUGCAGCCCAUGAAGGCAGUCCUUCUGCUCAUCUCCAGCUCUGCUUUUGGUCUGCAUGGCACCACUCUUGCCUUCAAUCUAAAGACCCCCUUUAUUUGCCCACAGGUAGGGGACAUGGUCUAUAUGGUGAAGGCCACAGCAGAAUUGCCUCUUCCCUCGCCUUUCACUGCCAGGCCUAGUUCUAACAUUGUCUCUAUCCCCAACAACUCUGACCCAGCUAUCUGCGUAUCAGUACUAAGCCUAUGCUGCAAGGUGGAACAGGUGUGUGAGGAGGUGGUGCAUCUGCCGCUUAUCAACACAGCCUGGGAACAAGCUCUGGCCAUCUGGGGGCAGUACAGCAUGAGUGCCGAUGAACACAGGAGGCGGAUGCUGACACACACUUUGUAUAGCAGCACUGUGAGGGUAACCACAGCCAUACGGAAGCUCUUUAAACAACAGGCCCAGCUCAUGAGUGGUGGUGACCACAGUAAAGUUAUAACAUAUAGUGUGGAGGUUUCUUUGCCACAGUACUUCACUUUACCUACUGCUGUUGAGAUACCUAUAAAAGAGGACACCAACAUACCAUGGGAGAAUCCUGCAGACUGUGGCUGUGUGGACAUCCCAUUACGCUUCCAAGCUGACCGUGUGGGGCACUUUACAUGUCAGGUGGUCCUGAGGUCUUGGUGUGAUACCAGGGUCUACAUGCUGGAGGCACAGGUUACUUCACAGAGAGGAUCAAUUCACCUGGACUUCAGUUCACCUGCUCACCGUUCAGUCACACAAGACAUACCAGUGCACAACGAGACCCACCAAGACUGGAACAUGCAUGCUGAGGUGUGUGGUGAAGGAUUCUAUGGCCCAAAAGUUUUGAAUGUACCAGCUGGGACAAGAGCCUCCUACCCGCUCUCCUUUCACCCUUCUGCACAAUGCAUUGUCAUGGGCAAGCUGUCCUUACAUAAUGACUGCGACGGCACUGAGCAUGUGUUCACCCUCAGAGGAGUGGGAGAGUACCCCCUGCCUGUGGACCAUGUGGUAUUACACUGCCCUGUUGGGAAGACCACACACACUCAGCUGGAUGUCCCCAACUACAGCCAGAAUAAACUGACUCUUAAGGUGGUGACGGAUCUAUCUGUUGUGAGUGGCACUCCCUCCCUGGAGAUUAAACCUGGUCACAGCACUCCAUACACCCUGGCUGUGUCACCAUGGAAACGAGGGAAACAGACAGGUUAUGUGUCAUUUGUAGAAACCGAUGUUCAAGAAGCAGACAAAGACAAAGGUCACCAACUGGGACACUAUGAGGUGUACUUCUCUCUAGAGGUUGUUUGUGAACCACCAGCACCUGUCAGAGUCAUUGAUGUACAAUGUGCUGCUCAGAGCUCAGUUGCCAUAGAGAUCCCUGUCAAUAACCCACGAGGAGAGCUGCUGAUGCUGGAUGUGUGCUUGGAGGGAGACGACCUGAGUGGGGCCAGCUGGUUUUCAGUUCCUCCACAGGACACUCUCACUUACAGAGCUACGUUCUCGCCUGGCAGAGUAGGAAAGAGCACAGGCAGUGUGGUCUUCCAGUCAGAGUUGGUGGGGGAGGUCUGGUAUCAACUGGAUCUUUAUGCUCUUCAUCCUCCAGUCAUGACACUACCACAGAUUUGCUGUCAGCUGGGAAAACAGACCAGACAGACCAUUCCCCUGGUUAACCCAACAGCUGAGACUCUGGAGCUGGUUGUAGCCAAUAGCAACCCCAGAAACUACACACUGGAAAUGGAUUCAGGAAGUACUUUUAUCGUGGAGCCUCACUCCUCCACUCAUCUCGGUGUCUGUUUUCAUCCGUCAUCCAUUGGAGAGAGAAACCACACUGCAAAGAUCACUUUCACAUGCCCUCAGUUGCAGGAAUGGUGUGUGUUGUUGAGUGGGCGUGGCCUUAAUCCAGAGAGCGAGGAGCCCCUUAGCAUCUCAUCCAUGAUUGGCUCCAACGCCUCCAUCACCAUUCCCUUCACAAACCCCAUGGAGCUCCCAGCCACGCUCAGUAUCACACUGACAGAUGAGGAUCCAAGUGGUGUCCCUGAGAGCCAUCCAGUCAAUACAGACAAGGAGGUCUUCUCUAUCUCUCUGAGCCAAACUGAAGGUAUACACAUCAGUAAAGGAACCAGUUUUUGA